CCUUCGUCUUCUCAAUCAACGUGAUCUCCUUCUAUUCUUCUUCUUCUUUCACAUUAGAGCCGACCUCUCCUCUCGAACGAUUGAUUCCUUGUCUAACCAGAAUGGCGCCCACCAAGAAAUCGAAGAAGCGCAAAAGGGAUUCCAAGAAAUUGAAGAAAUGUAAAAACCUAAGCGUCGUUCCUAUGGAACCCAGAGCCGCAGAGCCCGAUUGGUGGGAGAUUUUCUGGCACAAGAACUGUUCAACUUCAGUAUGUGCAGGUUCUUCUGGACCUAACGAUGAAGCAGAAGUGUUCAAGUACUUCUUUCGAACUUCAAAGAGAACUUUCGACUACAUUUGUUCCCUCGUACGUGAAGAUCUCGUGUCGAGGCCUCCAUCUGGGCUUAUCAACAUUGAGGGGAGGCUUCUUAGUGUGGAGAAGCAGGUUGCCAUUGCUAUGAGAAGAUUGGCAUCUGGUGAGUCACAAGUUUCUGUGGGAGCUGCCUUUGGAGUUGGUCAGUCUACCGUCUCUCAGGUUACUUGGAGAUUCGUCGAAGCUUUGGAACAACGUGCGAAGCACCAUCUUCGGUGGCCGAGUUCCUCCAGGUUGGAGGAAAUCAAAUCACAGUUUGAAGCUUCCUUUGGGCUGCCUAAUUGUUGUGGAGCCAUAGAUGCAACACACAUCAUUAUGACCCUUCCAGCAGUACAAACAUCAGAUGAUUGGUGUGAUACCAAAAAAAAUUACAGUAUGUUCUUGCAGGGAAUCGUCGAUCACCAGAUGAGAUUUCUUGACAUUGUAACUGGUUGGCCCGGGGGCAUGACGACUAGUAGGUUAUUGAAGUGCUCAAAGUUUUUCAAACUAUGCAAUGUCGGUGAGCGUUUGAACGGAAAUGCGAGGAAGUUGUCUGGAGGAUCAGAAAUCAGAGAAUACUUAGUUGGCGGAGUUGGCUAUCCUCUUCUUCCUUGGUUAAUUACUCCUUAUGAAAGCGAUGACCUAUCGCCAUUGAAGCUCAACUUCAAUACUGUGCACGGAGCUGCGAAAUCGCUCGCUGUGAGGGCAUUCUCUCAGUUGAAGGGCAGCUGGAGAAUCCUCAACAAGGUUAUGUGGAGACCCGACAAGCGGAAGUUGCCGAGCAUUAUAUUGGUAUGCUGUUUACUUCAAAACAUUAUAAUUGACAAUGGAGAUGAGUUACAACCAGAUGUUGCUUUAUCUGGUCAUCAUGAUUUGGGAUAUCAGGAGCAUUGUUGUAAGCAGAUUGAUCCAUUGGGAAACACUUCAAGGGAGAACUUAGCCAACCAUUGGCAUCAAAACAAAGAGAAAAUCUACUCUUCUUAACACUUCGACAUUGCUCGGACCCCCGAAACUUGUCGGCGAUCUGGUAAGACCUGAUGUUGUAUGUACACUGAUGAAUUAAUGCAUAUUAUGUUCAAAGGUUUCCCAUUAUGAAGAUGAUUAUUUUAGCUACCAUGCCAUUGUUUGUUCUGUAAGUAAAUGUUCUUCAUUGAAAAGCUCUGUAUACCAUAUGGAUCCAA